GAACCAGAGCACUGAAUUGAGCCAAUAUCUUAGCUUCCUCAUUCAGUAGUGAAAUUUCUAGCUUCCAACGCGGCCAUAACAUGGCACCCAAGUCGCCUCCAUCGUUUCCCCUUUACGAAGUAAAAUUUGUAAACAGUAAAAUCUCAAGAACAGUAGAAGUCAUCAUUCUAUGCCUUCUCUUAUCACUCAUUAGCUACAGAUUACUUUCUCUCAAUAGCCAUGACUACUCCCUCCCAUGGUUUCUUGCUCUCGUUUGUGAGUCUUGGUUCGCUUUCAAUUGGAUUCUCACCAUCAACAUCAAGUGGAAUCAUGUUGAAACCAAAACUUACCCGGAACGCCUCUUAAAAAGGCUGGAAGAUAGGGCGGUAGCGGAGUUUCCGGCGGUGGACAUGUUCGUCACGACGGCUGAUCCAGAGCUGGAACCGCCGAUCAUAACGGUGAACACGGUGCUGUCAUUAUUGGCGGUGGACUAUCCGGCGAACAAGCUGGCGUGUUAUGUGUCGGACGAUGGUGCAUCUCCGUUGACCUUCUUUUCUCUGGUGGAAGCAUCCAAGUUUGCUCAGAUUUGGGUUCCCUUUUGUAAGAAGUUUGACGUUGCCGUUAGAGCUCCGUUUCGAUAUUUUCACGCCAACCCUACAUGCCCACAUGAUCGCUCCUUGGAGUUCCAACACGAAUGGAACAAAAUCAAGGAUGAAUAUUUAAAGCUGUGCGCGAAGAUAGAAGAUGCGAGUAAAGAAUCUAUGGCAUUUGGCCUUACCGCUCAAUUUUCCGUUUUUUCAAAGAUUAAACGAAGAGACCACUCUUCCAUCGUAAAGGUGAUUUGGGAAAACAAGGGGACUAUUCCCGAAGGGGAUGCGGUUCCUCAUCUAAUCUACAUCUCUAGAGAAAAGCGUCCAAAAAUUCAUCAUCAUCACAAAGCAGGAGCCAUGAAUGUUCUGACUAGAGCAUCAGGGGUGAUGACAAAUGCACCAUUUAUGUUGAACGUGGACUGUGACUGCUUUGUAAAUGACCCAAAAGUGGUACUCCAUGCCAUGUGCUUUCUGCUCGGAGCAGAGGAUGAAAAAGAUGUCGGCUUUGUCCAAUUCCCGCAGAGCUUCUACAGUUCAUUGAAGGAUGACCCCUACGGAAACCAAUUCAAAAUCACUAUGAGAUGUAUGGUACGAGGAAUUGCUGCGAUACAGGGAUCACUGUAUAUGGGAACCGGAUGCUUUCACAGAAGAAAAGUGAUGUACGGCUCGCCACCUAAUUGUAGCACCAGUAGUGGAUCUUUAUAUCCAGAGAUGACAAUACUUACCAAUUCCAUAGAGGCUGCUCAUGAAGUUGCCAAUUGUGCGUAUGAAUUUGGCUCUGCUUGGGGUCGAAAUAUUGGAUGGAUUUAUGGAUCUACCACAGAAGAUGUCCUAACAGGGUUAACUAUCCACAACAAGGGUUGGAAAUCCGCUUAUUGUGACCCUGACCCGCCUGCUUUUCUGGGGUGUGCACCGACAGGAGGACCGGCAGCAUCAACCCAACAAAAACGAUGGUCCACUGGGCUAACUGAAGUGCUAAUCGGAAACAAUAGCCCAAUUCUUAAGUUCUUCUUUGGAAAGCUCCAAUUCAGACAGUGCUUGGCAUAUCUAUGGGUGAUGUUGUGGCCCGUUGAGACUUUUUUUGAGAUAUGCAAUUCUCUUCUUCCUGCGUUUUGCAUCAUAAGCAAUUCCAGUUUCCAACCGAAGGUAAACGAAGCUGCCAUUGUAAUGCCAGCUUCAAUUUUCAUUAGCUACAAUUUGUACACUUUAUCAGAAUACAUUAUGGGUGGGGAAUCAAUACGGGCGUGGUGGAACAAUCGAAGAAUGUCAAAGUUGAAUGCUUCUGGUCCAUGGUUAUUUGGGUUUCUAAGCGCGAUAUUUAAGGUCAUUGGAAUCUCCAAUACGGUGUUUGAAAUCACCAAGAAAGAACAUACGCGUGAUGAUACUCUACAGGAGGAAUCCGAUGUGGGAGGGUUCACUUUUGAUGACUCUCCGAUAUUUAUCCCUGCUACAACCAUUUUACUUGUUAAUAUUGCAGCUCUGUUCAUUGGAUUACUGGAUUUUGACAAACAAGAGAAUAAGAGAUGGAGUUUUGGGGAAGUGAUUUGCAGCUUGUGGGUAAUAUUGAUGUACUGGACAUACGUCAAGGGUUUGUUUGGGAAGGGGAAGUGUGGGAUUCCAUUUUACACUAUUUUAAGAUCCGGGAUAUUAGCAUUGCUUUUUGUCCAGGCUUCGAGAUUGGUAUGAUGAUAUGUGUAAGUAACUAGUUGGCUUUUGUGGGUUUCACAUUGAAUAAACAUUCUUGAAAUUGUUUUUCAUUUGUAUAAUUUUGUAUCAAUGUUGUAACUUGUAACUUGUUUUAAGACUGUUUUUGUAAUUACGGGACACUUUAAUAUUAACAUAAGUCGUGUGGGUAUUGGCACACUCUUCAAAGUGAGGAUGUUUUGUGUGUGGAAUGUGCA